AUGGAUAUGUGUAUCUACACAAAAAAAUAAUUAGUAAAGACAAAGAUCUUAUUCCAGAUACUCUACAAUAACAAAGUAUGGCGUAAAUCUCUAGAAAAAAUUAAAAAGGCCAAUGUUGAUGAAAAAGACAUGAAAUUUAUUAUACAAGUAAACACUCAAUGUGUAGUUGAUAAAACGUUUUCCUAAUAGAUUCAUAAGGUAAGAGUUUCAGAUCAAGUCUCAUCUAUUAUUAAACCACUGGAAAAGCUAUAUCAAUGCAAUUUUAAAGUUAUCUCUACUACCUAAAAAUAAUUAAAGCAAUAUAAAUCAUUUAGAGCAAACAAUAUUGGAGAUGGUCAAACUCUCCAACUUUUUGGAAUACCUUAUAUAAAUUAAAUAGAUGAAAAGCCGAUAAGAUUCUUUCAAAGAUUCACUGAUUUCAAGAAAGAUAGUAGUUGGCCAGUAGAAUCAUUAAUGGAAGGAAUUGUUUUGACUUCUAAAGUUGAUGUUCUUAUACUUGGAGUUGGAAUAUUUGAAUCUUUUGAUCAACCACCUGGACCAUUUGGAAUAGAUAUAGCCAUAAAAUUGACAAAUAGAGAUGGAAAAUUACUGAGCGAGCCAUUUAUUUCAAAAGAGUCUGGAUUAUAUAAGAAAAGUGAUGUAAACGAAAUGCAUUAUUUCCUCCAUAAAUUCAAAAGAUUUAGGCAUGGAAUUAUUCUCAAAGUUGGUUGCUUAAUGCACUAUAUAUAAAAAAUAUCAUUUAAAAAUUCCUAUUAUUCAGAGUCAGGGUUAAAAUACAAAGAAAUCAAAAAUCCUGAUAUGGACAUUUUUUCAAUUUAUUCUCACAGGCAUAGCAAAAAAACAAGCAAGUAGUAAGGAAUUAUUCCCGGAUUUAUCUAUUAGCUGUGCUGA